AUUUUUGCGUUAAUACCAUUUCCUUAAAGGAAGCUACCGAAUAUGUGUUAAUUCAUUUGUAAUAAAAUGUUCAACAUUUAAUCAAAACAAGUGAAACAUCAUUCGCAGUAUAAAAUGCCUUUAACAUUUACUCAUUAAAACAAAAUCGUCUUCAUAACAAUGUUAUCGUUAUCAAAAAACGAAGCGGGGAACCAAAUUUUGUAGUGCGUUUUCUUACUACAGCGGUCGCUGUUUAAUACUAACUGAUCCCUUUUGGUGCGGACGUAAAAACACAUCAUGGAAAAGAUCCGAUCAAUCAUCGUGAAACCCUGUCUUGGAAAAGCUGUUACUAGCUCUAUAUACAACAACUACGAACAUGUUCUCUCUUGCAUAAUGCGCAACAUAUCAUUUUUAUUCUUUAAAUCAAUUCAUUUUUGAAGAUCUUUCCGAAAAGGUAUGCAUGUGACAUACUGUAUGCGGCGGAUUUUGAGAUAAUUUGCUCCGCCUCAAAUUGUUGCGUAAUAUGAUGCUCCGUAUGCUAGCAUUUAGUCUUCGAUGACGGGGAGGAAGGGAAUCAGGACAACUUUGAUCAAUAUCACUUGAAGAAUCAUUAAACUACAAGUUACAAAGCCUUAACCACGCCCACUAUCAGAGAGGCGGUUCUCCCUCAACCGUUAGGAAAGUAGACCGGUUACGCUACGGCUAGUAAGGGGAGGUCUCUGCAGAACAGUUCGUCCUAAAAAUCAUUCGAACAUCAUGCAAUUCGUACCAAUGAUUAAAUAGAUAUAUUCAUUUCAAUUUUACUUUUAAUCCAAUUUAUUUUGCUUCGACCAGACGUUUCAAUAUUUGCCACAAAAGACACAAAUUCAAGAGUUUCAGACAUGACAUUACUUUGCGAAUUUAUGCAUUAGGUUCUAUUUUGUCGCAAAAAAAUAUAUUAUUAAACAACGAGCACAUUCCAAGAAUAUGGAGAAAAACGAUUUGUGCUUCGGAUAUUUUACUGUAAAGGGGAACGAUUUUCAAUGCUGAUUGACUGUUCAUAUCAUUUGGUGGCGUCUUUUAUGUGCAGCAUCAACAUUUAACUUGUAACUACCUAAUAUGUUGUUUUGUUCGUUUGGGUAGACAAAACAGGAGAAGUAAGUAGUAUGUAAAGACACUUUUUUAAGAUGUACUAUUUUAACUGAAUUUAUAUUAUUCAAAGUAUUUGAUUAUACUUUAGUGUUUAAUUUAAAAUUCAUGAUAACGAGAAAUUAAUAUGAAAAUAUUCUAGUCUUUAAUAAUUUUAUAAUUGUAUAUGCAUACCAAAAAAUCAGCAUUCAAUUUGUCAAAAUAAUCAGACUUUGGAUUUAAUAAAUGUUUUUUCCUUGUCAAUUUAAAUGCAACCUGUUUGUUGAAUUAACCAAAACGUGCAUGCUUACACUGCUCUUAUUAUAGAAUAUUGUAUUUACUUUAAUAUUUGUCCUUUGAACAUAGAUUUAUUUGAUAUUCAAAUAUACUGAUUAAAGGAUUUCGAUUUAAUUUUUUUUUUAAAGUAACGGUGCCAGUGUCAUGCAGUCCUCACGAAAAUGAAUCAAGAAUAAAGAAUGGCAAGACUGUUGACGACGAAAGUUAUUCAUAUGUGGCUACAAUUGAGAAAUCAGGGAAGCAGGUUUGCACUGGUGUUCUUAUAGACAAAAAAUGGGUUUUAACACUGAAGAAAUGUAUUGACGAGAGUUCGUUGGCAAAAUACAAAGUACAGUUCAUGCAAGGUGACAAAGAAAAGUUUCUUCAACUUAAAAUAAAGAAUUAUCAGGAUUUAAAACAGGAAAAAGCGGCUGUUAUUUUAUUGGAACUUGAGGAAAAAGUGCAAAAGAAAUUGUUACAAAUUAAAAGUGACAGCAAUGAAGAUAAAGACAUUAACAAGGAGAAUGAUUGUUUAUUAGUUGGAUUUACGGAUGAUGGGAAGAAAGUCACGAAAGUUCGUGUAAAAACAAAAUCAUCUGGGAAAUGUUCUAGCAAAACCUGCAAGAACGACUUUCGUUUUGAUGUUGAUAAAGGUGCUUCUAUUUGCAAGACUGACACUGGUGCCCCAGUGAUUUGUAAAAUCGAUAAGAAAUGGCAGAUGUUUGGACUUUCUUAUGUAAAGAAGGGGUGUCAGAAGAAGAAUAUACCAGGGUUAAGGUUGUCUUACAUCAGCUCAGCCAUACAAGCGGUUGUUCUAGAGGAAGAAGAAGUGUGUCUAAAGCCAGGCUGUGUGCGAGAAGCUGCACGAAUAACUUCAUCAAUAGACAAAGAUGUAAACCCGUGUGACGAUUUCUAUGAGUUUACUUGUGGAAAAUGGUUAAAACAAAACCCUAUUCCUAACGAUGAACAUUUUAUUAGCACCAUUAGUUUGCUACGAGAGGAUAUUCUGAUGCUCGUCAAAUCUGAAUUGGAAAAACCAAGUGAUGGAAAUGAAAUUGAAGCAGUUCAAAAAGCAAAGGGAUUUUAUAAAGCCUGCAUGAAUACAGAUCAGAUUGAAAAACUUAAAAAUGUCCCUCUACAUAAUCUUAUGGAAGAGUUAGGAGGGCUACCAUUAUUAGGAUCACAACCUGGGGGAAAAUGGGACUCUGAUGGUUAUUCCUUUGAAGACCUUUUCAUCAGAUGCUGGCAAAUAACGUCAUCGUUACCGAUAUUUAAUGUUAAUUUCAGUAAAGAUAUUGUGGAAAACGAAGAACGCUUUCGACUUAGUAUUUAUUAUCCACGAUUUCCUGAGCCAGUCUUAUCAUAUUAUCUGGAAGGACGCGAUAAGAGUAUUUUGUCGCCGUACAAGACGUAUGUUCAGGAAUUAUUUCAAGCAUUUGGCGCAGAUGAGACCACAGCAACCGAGUAUUCUAAAGAAAUUGUCAACCUCGAGAUUGAACUUGCAAAUAUUUCAAGCUAUGUAAAUAAAGAUUAUUAUAAAGCUGUCCCAAUUAAGAAGCUUAACAAAUUCGGGGAUAAGGUAAUAAAACAAAUGAAUUUCAAAAAGGGUCAGACAAUAUGA